AUGGAUUUUCUAUUAAGUGAUAGCGAAGAACUUGAUGAUGACAUGUUGAUUCUUUGCAGCGACUUAAAGAUACAAGUACCAACAAAAAAACAGAAGAUAUUACCGCCAAGAGAAGAAUUGCAGCCUUUGUCUUCGUCUGUUGAGGUUUCACCGCCAUUAGAAGCGACACAACCACCUGAAAAUGACAUUGAAGAGACAUUCUUACCUUCAGUUCCAUCUGCCUGUUUAAAUGAAGAAGUACAGCCGCUUUCCACGACUGCCGGAAAUUCACCGUCGCUAUUGGAGCAGCUACCGUCUGACAGUGAGAUCGAAGAUAAAAAUUCUAAUAGAAAAAGGAAAUCGAAGGGAUUCGCUCAACCUAAAAAAUGGAAUAAAAACACAAUAAAACUGAAGCGUAUGCAAGGUGAAGAAUAUGUGGGGUACCGUAGGGACAGGAAAGUUUCAGGGCAAGAGAAAUUUAAUGUACUUCAUGAUGUGCCACGUCCAGCACGUUCAAUUGGUUCACGUUGCACUUCCACAUUUUGCUCGAAGUCUAAGUUACGUGGCUGUUUUAGCUUGUCUGACAUCGAAAGAGAGAACAUUUUUGGCAAGUUCUGGAAAAGCAUGACUUGGGAGCAAUGGAAACAGUACGUUGUAUCUCACGUCUCCGUUUGUGAAAAAAAGCAAGUAAAAGUAAAAUCUAAUUCUCGUAGAAGAGAGAGUAAACAGUACUUUCUCAGUACACGGGUACGUCUCAGAGGGACGUACCCAAGUUUGUCUGAAGACUUUUUUGAACACUCUGGGUUUGAAAGAGUCGACUAUAAGAUGCUGGAUUGA